CUAUGGCACUACUCUUUCUAUCACUACUGGCGCAGUGAGGGCUGUCCCCACUCGCAACACCUGCCACUUAUGGGCGACGGACCCAUACCUGUGAUCAUCAUAAUGUCGGCCUACCUCUUAUUUGUGACCCGACUCGGGCCGUGGAUUAUGUCCAGAAGACCAGCGCUUGAGCUCCGGGGUCCUAUGCUUACCUACAACACAGUUAUGGUUGCAAUGAACGCCUACUUCUUCUUCAAGUUUAUAUCACUGUCACAAUACGGACGGGUGUUUGCGAACUUCCAGUUCCCCUCCAAGUAUGACAACUCUGAGCGCACUCAUGCCCUCAUCCUAACCACAUACCUGUACUCUGUAUCUAAAUUCAUCGAUCUCUUGGACACCGUAUUCUUUGUGCUGCGCAAACGGAACCGACAGGUGACUGGCCUACACCUGUACCACCACACCAUUGUACCACUGCUGGCGUGGAUGACAAUGAAGAUCAUGCCUACCGUUCCCGCCUUCCAAAUCUUCGGUAUACUUAAUUCACUCGUCCAUACGAUUAUGUACUCGUAUUACGCGCUGUCGGCGUUUGGACCCAGGAUUCAGCCCUACCUCUGGUGGAAACGCUAUAUCACCCAGGUCCAGAUCAUUCAGUUUGUCAUAUUUAUCACCUAUUCCAUACUGUUGGGCAAAUACCAACAAGGAUACCCCCAGAUUUGGUUAUGGGUUGGAUUUAUUCAGAGUCCAGUGUUUUUCUAUAUGUUUACCAAUUUUUAUAUCAAAUCCUAUUUGAAGGCAAAACUCAAAAGUAAAACACAUUAA